CUUUCACUUUAGCGCUGACGUUGAAGUGCGUGAAGUCACCCGUUGUGGAUUCCCACCAAAAACAACAACAGACGAGCCGCACAAACUUUUCCUUUACAGUCAUGAUAAUUUGGUGAAGAUACAAUUUAGCCGGGAUUCGGUCUGCUAAAGCAAAGCCUGAUCUGAACAGGCUGACAGGCUUCUCUCACUGUGAGGAGAAAAUGUCCUGAAAGGAACAACAAACGCUUUUAUGUCAACCGUCGACUCUGACUUCGGGGGAAGCUGAAUCAUUUGCACACAAUGGAGAGGCCUGCACCAAAAAGGAGCCAGCUGUGCGUCGCCUGGACAAUGAAGGAAAAACUCGGGGUUGGAGGCUUUGGGCACGUCUACCUGUACCAGCACAAUGAGACGAGUGAGAAGAUUGCUGUGAAACUUUGCCGCCUGGACCUGAGUCAGAAGAAUAAAGAGCGCUGGAGCAGGGAAAUUCAGAUCAUGAGGAAGCUUGACCAUGAAAAUAUUGUUCAGGCCAGAGACGUGCCAGAAGAUGUGACAUCCAUCGCUCUCAAUAACCUACCUCUGCUUGCCAUGGAGUACUGCGCCAAAGGAGACCUACGCAAGGUGCUGAAUAAACCAGAAAACUGUUGUGGACUGAAGGAGAGUGAAGUCCUAUCGCUGCUCAAUGAUAUUGGCUCCGGUAUCCAGUAUCUCCAUAAAAAUAAGAUCAUUCACAGAGAUCUAAAACCAGAGAACAUAGUUCUGCAAGAGAUUAAUGGAAAGCUUAUCCAUAAAAUCAUAGACCUGGGAUAUGCAAAAGAUUUGGAUCAGGGAAGUCUUUGUACCUCCUUUGUGGGGACUCUUCAGUACCUGGCUCCAGAGCUGUUUGAGAGUAAGCCAUACACUGUUACUGUGGACUACUGGAGCUUUGGUACAGUCAUUUUUGAAUGCAUUUGUGGUUUUCGCCCCUUUCUGCACAACAUGCAGCCAGUACAGUGGAUAAACAAAGUAAAGAACAAAGGUCCUAAAGAUAUCAUGGCGGUGGAGGACAUGAAUGGAGAAAUUCGGUUCUCAUCACAUCUAUCGUAUCCCAACAAUCUCAGCAAGCCCCUGCUGGAGCCAAUCGAGUGUCUCCUUCAGAUGCUCUUACUGUGGGAUCCUGCUCUCCGUGGCGGAGGACCUGAUCCUAAAUCAAACAAGCCACGCUGCUUUGCCCUCCUGGACAACAUCCUCAACAUGAAGAUUAUGCACAUCUUGGACAUGACAUCAGCCCAGCUGCACUCAAUGGUUUUAGGCGCAGAGGAGAGUUUUCUCUCCCUGCAACGUCGUCUGGAGGCUCAAACCCAGGCACACAUCUCUCCCGAGAGUCAAGAGCUGCUGCUAGAGACGGGAACCUCUCUUGACCCACGCUGUGCACCUGUGCAGAGUCUACCAGAUGGCUUGCGUGGCUGGGACACUUCCAUAGUGUUACUGUUUGAUAGGAGCCUUACCAAGUACUCGGGACCGCUGACGGCCAGACCACUACCAGACAGUGUUAACUUUAUUGUCAGGGAAACAAAGACACAGCUGCCCCUUUCUGCUCUUAGAAAGGUUUGGGGGGAAGCCCUCAGCUACAUAUGUGGACUGAAGGAGGACUACCUCCGGUUGUACCAGGGACAGAGAGCUGCGAUGCUGAGCCUGCUGCGUUACAACACCACCUUAACGCAGUUUAAGCACCGCCUCUUCUCCCAUUCGCAGCAGCUUCACGCUAAGCUAUCUAUCUUUAAAACCAGCAUCCAACAGGAUCUGGAGCAAUAUACCAAGCAGAGCGAAAGCGGUGUCUCCUCAGAGAAGCUGAAGCGGGCGUGGCAGGAAAACGAAUGGAAGGCUGAGGGCUUUACACAGGUUGCAAAUGUUUCCGGUCUUGAUGAGGAGAUAUUGGCGCUGCAUUCUGAAAUUGUGGAGCUGCAGAGGAGUCCAUUUGCGAGGAGACAAGGAGACGUGAUGGAGAAGUUUGAAGAAAAGGCUGUUGAACUCUACAAGCAACUGAAAAUCAAAUGCAAAAGUAAUGACCCUCCACAUGGCUACAGUGACAGUUCAGAGAUGGUGAGGACUAUACUCCAGACAGUUCAGAAUCAAGACAGAGUGUUAAAAGACCUUUACACUCAUCUAAGUGCAAUCCUGAUUUGUAAGCAGCGCAUUGUGGAUUUGUUCCCUAAACUGGAAAAGGCAAUGUUGGACAUCAAAGUUGCAGAGUCUGAAGUAAUGCACAUGCAAAUAAAGAGACAGAAAGAGUUCUGGUUCCUUCUCAAGAUUGCUUGCGCUCAGUGCAACACUCAGUUGUCGUCACUUAAUCAAAAACAGCUGGGCAACAGUGAAACAGUUGAACAGCUGCUGGAUGAAAAUCAGCGAUAUCUGAAUCAUCUUACUUCCCUCAUGCAAGAUGCCUCCCAAGAGUUGAAGCAAAAUGUUAUGGAUCAAGACUGGAGCUGGAUUCAGUUUGGAGCCAACAAAGUUGAUUCUCAUUGAUUCUAAAGAGCUUUUAAAGAACGUACAAUACGAUAGGUGCCUUUUUUAGAGCCAAACUUUCUGACAUAUUUCAGUUUUUGAAUUAUAUUAUUUACAAGAAUGCUAUAAGACAAUAAUAUAUGAAAUAUGAAAAAUUUACAUUUAAACUGUAGCUAGUACAUAUUUAUUUUUCAGAUAUUGAGUAAAACACUGUUGCUCAUAAAAUCGUGCACUAUGGGAUGUAAAGCAAAUGUUAUAAAUGAUGAAAACAA